AGGUGUCCAGGGGUGUUUUGUGGGAUCACCUUUUCCAUUCCCCCCCACUGGACCCUCCCCAGGUAUUUGAGAAGGAGCCUCCCCUUCCCGGGGUUCCCUUCCCCUCCCAGGCCUCUGGAUCCAGGUGUUCCAUGGACCCACCUUUAUCCCUCGAGUCCAGCGAUGGACACAGGGCCCAAGGAGGUUUUUUUGGGAUCACCUUUCUGUCCCCCUGCCCACCUGGGGGGGGACACACCUGUCCCUCCUUCCCAGGCUCGCCUGGCUGACAGAUCCUCCGUGGGAUGCUGGUUCCAUAAAUGCUGGAAGCUCCGUGGGAGCUGUAUCCCAGAUUUCCCUGAGGAACCCAAAUUUUCCACCUUUUGUCCCAAAAACCCAGAGCUGGGUGUUGGGAAUGUCAGCAAUGACCUGGGAUGGACCCAAAUCCCUGGGGAAUCCAUGGACCCUCCAGCUGCUGAGCCGAAUCCGUGGGGAACACAUUGGAAAACUGGACCCAUUCCUUAAGGAUCCAGACUGCCAAAAUCUUCCUGGUGACCAUCCCAAAAUCCCAUUUUUGGGUUAAUUUGCCCCAGUUCCUGCCCUGGAUUAACACCUGGAUUCACUGGUGGUCCCAGACCCUUUCUGGGUGGGUUCCUGCUGGAUUCCCUGCUGGGGCAUCCUGAUCCCAGAGGGAUGGGGCACUUGGAAUUCCAUCCUGGUUCCUGUGUCACCGUCCUGGGAGGCUCAGGGUGCUGCAAUGGGAUAAUCUGAAUUCCACCCAGUCCCAAACUGGGAUGGGGUUGGGAUGUUCCCGUUCCCAUCGGGCUCUGCUCAUCCCACAAGUCUCUCCCAGAGUGACUCUUCCCUGCUCACGGAUCAUUCCCACUCUCUUCCCAUCCUUUAAUAUCCUGGAUCCCUGCUUGUGCCACCUCUGAUCCCUCAAAACCGUGGGAAUCAUCCAGAGGAUCCAUUUUUGGCUCUGGAUUUUUAUGGGAAUCUCAUUAUCAUAAAAAAAAAAUAAAAUUGCUGCUGGAGGCUGGGGAAUGCAGGCAGGAAUUCUUGAGAAUCCUCCAGUUCCUCAAGCCCUGGAGCUAGGUGGGAUUUUUGGGAGCCAUCCCAGAAUCCACAGGAUGCUCGGAGGACUGGAAAACCAGAGAAUGAUUCCUGAUUCCUUGGAAUAGCUGGAAGUGAAAGGGUUGGUCAGUGCAGGGUUUGGUGCUCACCUGGACCAGGUGGGACGGAGGAGGAGCCCAGGGGCGGGUCUGAGGUGGGAGGUGAUUCCCGAGGGGUGAUUCCCACAUUCCACCUCUCCCAAAAAAACGGGACAGCCUGGAGCAGGGGGUUUUUUUGGGGUUAAUUCCUGCUGAUUCCAUCAGAUCCCAGCUUGUCCCCACCCCCCUUGGAUCAUCUUUCAGCCGGGAGGUUUUCCAGAUCAGCUCCUGUGGUUGUGGGAAUCCCAAACUCUCCUGAUCCGUUCCUUGCUCCAAAGGGUGGUCCCGUCCCCGACCCCGCUGGGGUCUCCAUGCGAGCCGAGCCCCGAUGGCCGCGGUCCCGAGCGCCGGGAUCAAGCACAAGCUGGAGGAUGCGGGAUCGGGAUUGGGAUCGGGAUCGGGGGGAUCCAGCGGCUCCACCUCGGAUGACGAGAUCGCCACGAGCGACAGCGGCGACAGCUGCGACAGCGGCAGCUCCGGCAGCACCGGGCCCCCGUCCAUCCUGCGGCGCUCGCGGGCGCGCCGGGCCGGGAAGCGCGUGCGCUUCGCCCAGGUCACCGUGUACUACUUCGCCCGGCGCCAGGGCUUCACCUGCGUGCCCAGCGCCGGCGGCAGCUCCCUGGGCAUGGCCCCGCGGCACCACCGCGCCCGCAGGUACAGCCUCAGCCAGUUCGCUCACCUGCGCCAGGUGAGCCACCGGCAGCACCUGCGGCAGCACCUCCGCAGGGAGAAACUGCGCGCCAGGAGGAGGGAGCUGACCCAGAACGGGACGGUGCCCUCGGCCGAGGCUGCGGGGCUGACCUUGGCUGACGUGUCCGACGACGACCUGGACGUGGGGCAGGUGGAGGUGGGCGAUUACUUCUACCUGCAGCCGCUGCCCACCAAGCGGCGCCGGGCGCUGCUCCGCGCCUCGGGCGUGCGCAGGAUCGACGCCGAGGAGCGCCAGGAGCUGCGGGCGCUGCGCCUGUCCCGCGAGCAGUGCGGCUGCCUGUGCCGCCUCACCUGCGAGCCGCGCACCUGCGCCUGCAGCCAGGCCGGCAUCCAGUGCCAGGUGGAUCGCACGUCGUUCCCGUGCGGCUGCUCCCGGGAUGGCUGCGGGAACGUGGCCGGGCGCAUCGAGUUCAACCCCCUGCGCGUCCGCACCCACUUCCUGCACACCCUGAUGAAGCUGGAGCUGGAGAACCGGCGCGAGGAGGAGGAAGAGGAGGGAGCGGCCGCACCCCCCGGGCCCACCUGGCCGCCCCCACAGCCCCCUGAGACUCAGGACUUCCAGGAGUACCUGGCGGAGAACGAGAGGGCAGUGCUGCACCUGCAGACGGCCGAGGAGCUGGAGAGGCUGAAGGCUGAGGAAGACUCUGGAAGCAGCUCUGGGGGAGAGGGGGGUGGAGUCUGCAUGCUGGGGGAGCACCUGGAUGACACCUGGCAGGUGAAACCUCCCCCGUGCCCUGGGCUCAGCCCCAGCAUCCUCAUCCCAGCCCAGUUCCCGCUGGAAUCUUCUGUGCUGUGCUACCCCCCGGGGCAGCCGGCCCAGGUGGGCUCCCAGCCUUACCUGGCCGAUGCACCUGGGCUCUACUGCCAGCUGGAGCCACGGGCGGGUGCCAAGGGUGGGAGUGGCCACAUGGAGCACCCAGCUCCAGCCUCCAGCCCCCCCGGGAAGGAGCUGGGGGUCCCACCUGUCCCCGCUGCUGCAAGCAAGGGAGGAGCACCCCAAAAUCUCGCGGAGCACCUGGAGCACCCCCACCUGCCCAUAUGAGCGGCCUCAGGCCCUGUGGCUCCGUUAUUUAUUCCAUGGAUUGAUUAUUUAAUUGCUGGGGGCUGCUCUGGACAGAGGAUUUACCUGGCCCGGGGCCACGAGUCCUUCACUCACGUGGCAGGGGUCACCUGUGCCAGGACUCACCUGAGCUGCAGCCUCCUGGCUCCCGUGGCAGCUCUGUCCCUCCUGGCUGCCUCUGCUUUCCUUGUUUUUAAGGGAAAAACCCCUUUUUUCCCUAAUUCCAGUUUGUUUAAUGAAUGUUUCACCUGGGCCGCAUCCCAUCCCGCUUCAUCCGGGUGAUGCUCCCACUUACCUGGGAUGGAUUGGGAAACACCUGGAUCUGGCACAGGAGACCCAAGACCGGAGCUCCCAGACUCACCUGGAGAAUUUUGGGGGGUUUGAACCAGCUUCACCUCCUCAUUGGCUCCUCCAUCACCUGGAAUUGACCACCUGUACCUGUCAGAACCUUCUGGAAUGUUCCUUCACUUGCUGGGAGCUCCCUCCAGCAGCUGUUGAGGGGUUGGAGUGCCCCCCUCCAAGGACCAGGAUUUUGGAUUGUGAGGGUGCAGGAAUGUCCCCUGUCCCUCCCUGUCAUCCCGGCCCGUUCCUGGUGGGCUCUGUGCAUCCAGGUGCUCGUGGGCCGAUGCCAGCAGGACCAGAGCCCUGCAGGUGUGCCCAGGUGGCCCUGUUACCCCACGGAUGUGCUGCUCCUGCUCCUGCCUGGGGGGCUCAGCAAUGUCACCUGGCCCUGCCCUACCUGGUCCGUGAUCCCUCUGUUGGCUCCUCACCCAUCCCAGGUGAGCUCCAUCCAUCCGGGUGCCUCCCAUCUGCCUGUGCUUCCCAAAGAACCUGUACCUGCCACGCCAGCCCGCGGGAUCCGUCCCGGCGCCUCCCCGCGAUGCCGGCAGGAGCAGAGCCCUGCGGCUGUGCCCAGGUGUCCUGGUAUCCCUGUGGAUGUUCCCCCGCUUCCCGGAGCACCUGGAAUUCCUCCUGCUGCUCCUCAGGUGCUUCCUGCUCACCUGUGCUCCUUCUGACUCCAGGCAUCUCCCCUGGCAUCAGACUGGUCAGACUGGGAUGGAUUCAGGUUCUCCAGACUCACCUGGUCCUUCCAGCCCUUCCUUGGAGUGGGAUUCAUGGAAAACCCACCUGUGCUCCGGACCUUCCUGAGGCUCUGGGAUCUGUCUUGGGGUGAAACUUGUCAUUUCUGGGGCUGUUCCCUCUUUUUUGGGCUCCAGCCAGGUGAGAUCAACCUGGGCCAGGAGAAAUUCCAGCCUGGGAGGAGGCAGGAGUGGGGGAGAAUCGGGAUGUGGGGUGGGGCUGCCUGUUCUCCAGCCCGUCCCAGGUUGGGGCUGUGCCCUUGGGGUUUCCUCACCUGGAUGCUCUUGGAUUCUGGGAUCUGCUCACCUGGCUGGGUCUGGGCCCCAAAUCCUGCGUUCUGCUCGCCUGGACGCUCCCAGCCUGUGGGAUCUGCUCGCCUGGUUGGGUCUGUGCCCCUGGAUCUGCUCGCCUGGACACUCCCAGCCCCUGGGAUCCGCUCACCUGUUGGCUCUGUGCCUUCAGGACCUGCUCACCUGGAUGCUCCCGGACCCCGGGAUCAGCUGGGGGGGGGCACAGGGACCCAAAUCCCCCAAUCCAGCUGCUGCCACCCCUUUAUUUUCCUGACUUUUUUGAUUUAACUGUUGGCUUUUCCAGCAGUUUUCCCAGUUUUGGGGGUUGAGGAUCUCCUGCUGCUCCUGGGGGUCACCUGCCCCCCCGUGGGGGGGGG